AGAGCUGAACUUGAAUCGAACGGACCUGGAUGUGUUUUGUUCCUGCGUGAUCAACAAAUGCCCAAAUGGCAAAUAUUCCCCCCAAACUACAAGUGAGGGCGGAACCGGAGGGUGGUCCUGAAAAAGACCUUCAUACCCCCACUGGGAAGACUGAACACAGUGAAUAUGCUCCUCGUAAGCUGGUGCGGUGGAGCAGCAGUGAAAUUGAACAUCCAAACAUGUCUCUGAGGACAAUGGUGUUGGUGGGAAAGACAGGCACAGGAAAGAGCUCCUCUGGAAACACCAUCCUUGGCCGAAAUGCUUUCAAAUCUGCCACAAGCAGCAUCUCAGUCACAGGAGAGUGCAGGAAGGAGACUGGAGAGGUGUCUGGGAGAAAGAUUAUAAUGGUGGACACUCCAGGUCUGUUUGAUACAGAUCUCUCUGAAGAAGAACUGAGGGAAGAGCUCAGUAAGUGCAUUAACAUGACGGCUCCAGGACCCCACGCCAUCAUCUUGACCAUAGAGCUCGGACCCUUCACCAAAGAGGAUCUCCAAACUGUGCAGAAGAUCAGAGCUGUUUUUGGAAAGGAAGCAGACAAAUACACCAUCAUCCUCUUCACUCACGGAGAUCACCUGACAGGUGGUAUGGGUAUUGAUGGGUAUGUCAAACGUCGGGCCAAUGAUGAACUCCGUCAGGUCAUCCAGCAGUGUGGUAGGAGGUACCACGUCUUUGACAACACCAGAAUAAACGAUCGCUUACAGGUUGUGGAUUUCUUAGACAAAGUGGAGGAGAUGGUGGUCCGUAAUGGAGGCGAGUGCUACACUAACAGUGUGUAUAAGGAUGUUGAAAAAAGGCUCAGAGAAACGGAAGAAGAAUUACGAAAACAUCACAAGAAGAAUCUGGAGGAGCAGAAGUUGAAGCUGGAAUCCAAGUUCAGUGAGGAAAAGAGGAAAAUAGAAAAUCUGAAAGUAUCUGGGGAGGAAAAAGAGAGGAAAAGUAAAGAGCUGGAACUUUUAGAAGAACGGAAGAACAGGGUUAUGAUUGAGUAUGAACGAUAUUAUAAUGAGAAGAUCACAGAAAGCAGACAAGAGGCAGAACAAACAGUGUUUCCUGAGACUGUUCUCAAGGAAAUGGCAAAUCUCAGCAUCUGAGUUUGUAUUGUAUAUAGAGGCCUUAUGUAAAGGGGAUUACUGUAAAUCAUUGUAAUUUGUAGUGUCAUGACAAUGUAAUAAAUCUGUUUUUAACUUUAAGAAAAUGCAAAACAAAUUUGAAGAAAAAUUAUCCCGUAGAUGUGAAGAAACUGAGUAAUUGUAAGCUAGACCCAAUUAAGACCAGUCAAAGCAAUGUUCUUCAUGAAAUAUGACAAUUGCUGUAGACAUGCCUACUACUGGCUUUUCUGAAACUUCAACUGAGAAAACAUACACAACAGUAAAACUCACAAAUUAAAUUACUGAUCUAAUUUUUCUUGAAGCCCUAAAACAGAUAUAGAAGGCUUGUAAAGAACAGCACAGCAGAAUAUCUGAGACCUCAUUAGCUUUGGAGGUGUUAAAGGAUCUGCAGUGUUUUUCACUGUUGAAUUCAGUGAAAGUUAAUUUUGCAGCCAUUUACUGCAACAUCUUUACAAUUACAGUGAGUUUAGCUCAUUACAAGGAGUAAGGUCUGUCAGUGCACACAGUCUCAUGAACAGGUCUAAACCUGGUUGCCUUUAAUAUAUUUAAAGCUCUUAGUUCCAACAAAUAUUAGUCUGAAUGGGCUAAAAACUUUUUUUUUCUAUAUAUUUUUAUCAUAUAUAGAUAACAUAUUUUUAAUUUGAAGGUGUGCAGUUAAAGUAGAUUGUUCAACCUUAUAUGAUGGUAUACUCUGGUUAAUUAAAUUUACUCAUCAAAUAAUAAUCAAAAGGAGAAUGCUUUCAUAAAAAAUUUUAAAAAACUUGUCCUGCUUCUUUAAUGUUUUGUACUUUCAUUUUUAGCAACUUAAUGCAGUGUGAAAGACUAUGUUUUGUUAAUAUGAGUUUUGUCCUAUUGUAUAAUGUGUUAUUUUCGAAUAAAUAAAUAUUCAGUAUAUAUAUUUUGCAUGAUCAAAAUGUUAUCCAGUUUUACUUAAUGAGAUCUGUAUGUAUCUCUAUGUAACUAUUGGUAGAACAUUUAUAUGUGCGGUAUUUCAUUUUGGCUAAGGUAGGUUUCAAGGCCUCUUUUUCAAAGUUGUUAUGAAGUUAUUUAAUCAGUAUUUUGUGCACUAUCUGACAUAUUUGUGUGUGUUCACAGGGGCUGACUAUUGUACCUUUAAAAGACAAAAAGCCAUGACUCCUGUUUUAAGAUAAUGAAACUUGUCUGUAAUGCACAGACAAGAAGACUAAUAUUUUAUUAUGAAAUCUAUGUAACAAAUAAAUUCAGUUAACUUAAAUA